GGCAUAUGGAAUUCUGAUGUCACAGGCUUCUAAAGCUUUGAUCCUUUGAAGCUUUGAUUCUUGAAUCCUUAAAUAGGGGUGAGGAUGUACAACUUUUAGUCCGUUAUUUGCAGCACUUAUGUUAGCAGCAUUCAAACGUUCACCAGUAAAGCAUUUCGAAACAUUUGGAUCCUUUUCGUACUCACGGUAUACAGACUCCAACAUGUCUCAGAAAGAGCAAGAAAGACAAGAAGCUGACCCCAGCUCUAUUCCAUGGUAUGAGUCCCUAGACCCUUAUAUCAGCUCUCUUCCUUGGGAUGAACAGGUAGAAUUAGAGGAAAAGCGAUUGGAAGAAAUGGAGAAUGAAAAUCUCAUGAACAGAGAAAAGAUUAAGAUCCUGACAGAAGAAAAUGAGAGAAAGAGCGCUGAAUUAGAAAAAUUAUCCUACCAGCUUCAGGAAAGGGAAGGUAUUAUUGAGGAGAAACAAUGGGCUCUCCAAGAUAAGAAGAAUCACGAGCUCCAAGAAAAGCUUGAUGAAGCUCUGGAAAAAAUUAAAGAUCUGCUCCAAAAUGAGAAAAAAGAGAGCAUUAAAGGGGAUAAAAUGCUCAAGAAGAAUCAGGAGCUCCAAGAAAAGCUUGAUGGAGCUCUGGAAAAAAUUAAAGAUCUGCUCCAAAAGGAGAAAAAAGAGAGCAUUAAAGGGGAUAAAAUGCUCAAGAAGAAUGAGGAGCUUCAAGAAAAGCUUGAUGGAGCUCUGGAAAAAAAUAAAGAUUUGCUCCAAAAGGAGAAAAAAGACAGCAUAAAACAGGAAAACAUGGUCAAGAAGAAUCAGGAGCUCCAAGAGAAGCUUGACGAAGCUCUGGAAAAACUGAAAGAAAUCCACCAAGAAGAGAAGCAACAGUCCACACAGCAGAGAGACAUGCAGAGCAAACUCCAAGCCAUGGAGGAAAAAUACAAAGCGCUGCAGGUGAAACAUGAUAAAACUCUGCACAAAAGUCAACAGUUGCUUCAAGACAAAAAGCAAAUGGAAAUGAAACAGAAAGAAAUGGACUCCAAGCUUGACGAGAUGGAGGAAAAACACAGAUUGCUCCAAAUCAAGCUUGAGAAAACAGUGCACAGAAACAAAGAGUUCAUUCAAGAGAGAGAGCAACAAGAAAUGCUCGAGAAAGAAACAGACUCCAACCUUGAAGUCUUGGAGGAAAAACUGAAAAUGCUGCAAAUAACUCUUGAGGAAACACUGCUCAAAAAUAAAGAGAUGCUUCACGAGAAAGACAAACAGAAAAUACAUCAGGAAGAAAUGGAUUGCAAGCUGAGGAACAUCGAGAAACAAAAUGAAGGCUUGCAAGUAAUGCUUGAUGAAGCUCUGGAGAGAAAUAAAGAGUUCCUUCACGAGAAAGACCAACAGAAAACACAAAAGGAAGAAAUGGAUUGCAAGCUGAGGCACAUCAAGAAACAGAAUGAAGGCUUUCAAGUAAUGCUUGAUGAAGCUCUGGAGAGAAAUAAAGAGUUUCUUCACGAGAUAGACCAACAGAAAAUACAAAAGGAAGAAAUGGAUUGCAAGCUGAGGAACAUCGAGAAACAAAAUGAAGGCUUGCAAGUAAUGCUUGAUGAAGCUCUGGAGAGAAAUAAGGAGAUCCUCCAAGACAAGAAACAAGAGCCCGUAGAGCAGAGAGACCUGCAGAGCAAACUCCAAGCCAUGGAGGAAAAAUACAAAGCUCUGCAGGUGAAACAUGAUAAAACUCUGCACAAAAGUCAACAGUUGCUUCAAGACAAGAAGCAAAUGGAAAUGAAACAGAAGGAAAUGGACUCCAAGCUUGACGAGAUGGAGGAAAAACACAGAUUGCUUCAAAUCAAGCUGGAUAAAAAAGUGCACGGAAAUAAAGAGUUCAUUCAAGAGAGAGCGCAACAAGGAAUGCUCGAGAAAGAAACGGACCGCAAGUUUGAAGUCUUGGAGGAAAAAUGCAAAAUGCUCCAAAUAACUCUUGAGGAAACACUGCUCAAAAAUAAAGAGUUGCUUCACGAGAAAGACCAACAGAAAAUACAACAGGAAGAAAUGGAUUGCAAGCUGAGGAACAUCGAGAGACAAAAUGAAGGCUUGCAAGUACUACUCGAUGAAGCUCUGGAGAAAAAUAAAGAGAUCCACCAAGACAAGAAACAAGAGCCCGUAGAGCAGAGAGUCCUGCAGAGCAAACUCCAAGCCAUGGAGGAAAAAUACAAAGCUCUGCAGGUGAAGCAUGACAAAACUCUGCACAAAAAUCAACAGUUGCUUCAAGACAAGAAGCAAAUGGAAAUGAAACAGAAGGAAAUGGACUCCAAGCUUGAUGAGAUGGAGGAAAAACACAGAUUGCUCCAAAUCAGGCUGGAUAAAAAAGUGCACGGAAAUAAAGAGUUCAUUCAAGAGAGAGAGCAACAAGGAAUGCUCGAGAAAGAAACGGACCGCAAGUUUGAAGUCUUGGAGGAAAAAUGCAAAAUGCUCCAAAUAACUCUUGAGGAAACACUGCUCAAAAAUAAAGAGUUGCUUCACGAGAAAGACCAACAGAAAAUACAACAGGAAGAAAUGGAUUGCAAGCUGAGGAACAUCGAGAGACAAAAUGAAGGCUUGCAAGUAAUACUCAAUGAAGCUCUGGAGAAAAAUAAAGAGAUCCACCAAGACAAGAAACAAGAGCCCGUAGAGCAGAGAGACAUGCAGAGCAAACUCCAAGCCAUGGAGGAAAAAUACAAAGCUCUGCAGGUGAAGCAUGACAAAACUCUGCACAAAAAUCAACAGUUGCUUCAAGACAAGAAGCAAAUGGAAAUGAAACAGAAGGAAAUGGACUCCAAGCUUGAUGAGAUGGAGGAAAAACACAGAUUGCUCCAAAUCAGGCUUGAUAAAAAAGUGCACGGAAAUAAAGAGGUGCUUCAAGAAAAAGACCAACAGAAAAUACAACAGGAAGAAGAAAAACUUAAUCUCCAGAGGAAAAAUCAAGCACUCCAAGAAUUGUAUAACGAAACGAAGUACAAAACAACUGUACUGGAAGGAGAAAAGAAAAAACUGGAAAAACAAUGCUCAGAGAUGCAGAGUAGCAUCAAUGAGAUGCUGAGAAAAAAUACCGAACUUGAGGAACUUUCUAAGACCUUGAAGUACAAAAACACUGAAAUCCAGGCGCAAAAGCAAGAACAACAGAAAACACAUAAAGACCUGCAGUGUAGACUUCAAGAAAUCCAGAAGAGAAACCAGCAGCUGGAAGACAUGCACACAGAUGUGCACAAGGCAAAGCGAAUAGAGGAGGCAACAGUUAAAGAACUGAAAGACAAGCUUAAAGAAAAACAAGAACAAUUAGAAGACAUGGUGAAAAGAUGCAACAAACUUGAGAAAGAAAACACAGAAACAAUGGAUGAGCUGAAAACCCUCAUCAUUGAGAAAAAAGUGCUCGUGGAACAGUGUCUGAAAAAGAAGAAAAAAUGCUUCCACUGGUUCUGGAGGAGGGACACUGCUGCUUCUCACCUCAUGUAACCUUGUCUUCCUCCACCUCUAUUCCCCCCUUCCCCUCCCUCCUUUUUCUUUUUUCACCCUCACUCCCCGACCAGUCCCGGCAGUUGACUGCCCCCUCCUGAGCCUGGUUCUGCCAUAGGUUUCUCCUUUAGGUAUCUUUCACUUUAAAAGGAGUUUUUUCCUAUCCACUGUCGCCUGGUGCUUGCUCAGAGGGGAUUGUUGGGGUUUUCUCUCCUCUCUCUCUUUCAUUCUUUCUACCCCCCCUUUUCCCCCUUCUGCCUUUUCCUUUACCCAAUAAACACAAUUGGCCACAUUUUACAUGUGUUUGAAAAAUGUCUUCAUUCAACAAUAAUUCAUCUUAGGUAUAAAAACAAGAAAUAGGUAAUAGCUGCAUGUGUGUUUGUGUGUGUGCAUAAUAUACAUACUUGUAUUCCAGAAAGAAUUAGUACUAGAUGGAUAGAGACAGGUUUUAAAGACUAGAAAUGAAAACAUGUGAGUCCUGUCUUUAAAUAAAAAUAUAUAUUUCCCUAUAUUCCUAUCUAUUCCAAACAACGGUAGUAAGUAACAAAGUUUCAGAUUUGUCUUUCACUUUGACUCUUAAUUUACUAACCAUGAACAAGAGGUCAGAGGUCAAAUGUGGCACGAUACCUUAAAUCUGUCUAUGAUACUUUCUGUAUGUGGACCGGAGAUGGGCAACACCGCAUAGUCUGAUUUCUUUUUUCAAGUAAUGAGUAAAGUAAGGGAUUACUAUUGCAAAAAAGGUAGAUUACUGUUACUUUCCUGUAAGCAGGCUACAUUACUGCGUUACUAAUCCUCAUCAUUUUCUUCGUGAGAGUGUCUAAUGACAAUGACGUACGAGCGUGCGACGUCCGUGGCAGCAACAGACGUGUGUAGAUCAACAAAGGAUAAUAUGGAGUGCAGGAGAGAGUACGACCAUGCAGGGUUUAAAGCUUACUUUGAGUUUGAUUCCGUAAAAAGUGACAAAAACAUUGAAAACAUACAGUAGUGAAGUUCUUAGCUCCCUGUUUUAGUUUUGUUGUCGUCCUCCCCGGUGUUCUCCUGACUCUCUUGGUAUUUGAUGCAUGAAUGCUUCCUCAGCUCAGCUCCUGUCCCCACACCCUGUCGUCACUUUUUAAAUACUUCCAUCACACCAACAGGCACUUUAGAAUCACCAAUUGACAAGCAUGUCUUUGGACAGGCUCAAACCGGAGAGGUGAUCAAUGGACCACAGCGCUGCACACCCCUGGCAACUUUGGGGGUAAAGCCACUGGUUUGUGGUGGUUGCCAGGUGAAAUCAGGGUCUGCUGCACCAAAAACAUAAUUGUGAUUGCUUUGGUUGCAAUCAGAUUGCCAUAGUUAUCUGCAGUUUGCAUGUUGGAUGCCAACUACUCACAAAGCGGCGGGAAAAGUUUGGUUUAGUUUAGUUUGGCUUUCAUCUUUACUUUUGCGUCCUUUCUAAAAACACUGACAUAUAGGUCUGGUCUACCUGGACUGGCAGCAUGCUCGAGGUGUCCCAGGCGAUGCGGUAGAUGAGCUCGCCCGGCUCGCUGUCCUGGUCGCUGGCUGACAGCUACAGCGUGAUCAGCUUCUGAAAAAUUACAUUUUCUUAUGUUGCAAGUCUCAAAUCUUGAUUGCCUGGAUCCAUUUAGUGUUUUAUCAUAUGUGCUUUAAGCAGUAAAUCUCAGGUAAAAUGAACUGUUCUAUCUGCCAGGAAGGACACAAACACAGACCCAAGAUAAACAAAGACUGGAUACAGUCUUUAUAUUAUCUGCAUGUCGUUUGAAAUCUACAAGACAUGCUGACUCCAUGUCUGUGUUUUUCCUAGUCAAUCAGGUCAUGUUUGUCUUAAAUGUGCAGUAUUUUAAAGACUGUACAGAAGUUUAGAAGAAAAUAUCUCAUGAUAAUAGAUUACCAUGUCCAUGGCAAAAACAUGUAUUCUUACAAUAGGCCUGGUCGCAGUUUGCUAUAAAAAUAGGAAAGAAGCUUUAGCUCAUUCAUUCUCACCUUUAGUUUACCUUUAACAAAUAUGGGUAAUUUACUCCUUUAA